GUUCCAGCCUCUGCUGUCGUUAUGAUGGUUGUCAGUGUUACUGCUUCUGAACUGUGUGUUGUGGCAGUGUCACUGUAUGUAGUGUCUGAAUCCAAUGUUGUUCUUUCCAAAUCUGCUGUGGUUGUGCCAUCGUGUGGUAUCGUUGUUUCUGAGACAAGGGUGGUUGUUCCUGCAACUUGUGUUGUCGAUUCCCAUGUCACUGCUGUUGUCUCUGGUUUGGAUGUUGUUGUGGGAAGAAUGAAUGUUGUUGCUACUACACCAUCUGUUGUACUGGCAUGGACACUAGAUGUUGUGACAACAUCUGGUGUUGUUUCUGAAACAGCUACUGUUGUAGCUUCUUCAUGUGUAGUUAUAUCCAACCUUUGUGUUGUUGUUCCUCCAUCAUGUGUAGUUGUAUCCAAAUUCUCUUUGGUUGUUUCUGCCUCUGCUGUCGUUAUGAAGGUUGUCAGUGUUACUGCUUCUAAACUGUGUGUUGUGGCAGUGUCACUGGAUGUAGUGGCUUGAUCCAAUGUGGUUACUUCCAUACCAGGUGUUGUGCCAUCGUGUGGUAUCGUUGUUUCUGAGACAAGGGUGGUUGUUCCUGCAACUUGUGUUGUCGGUUCCCAUGUCACUGCUGUUGUUUCUGGUUUGGAUGUUGUUGUGGGAAGAAUGAAUGUUGUUGCUAUUACACCAUCAGUUGUACUGGCAUGGACACUAGAUGUUGUGACAACAUCUGGUGUUGUUUCUGAAACAGCUACUGUUGUAGCUUCUUCAUGUGUAGUUAUAUCCAACCUUUGUGUUGUUGUUCCUCCAUCAUGUGUAGUUGUAUCCAAAUUCUCUUUGGUUGUUUCUGCCUCUGCUGUCGUUAUGAUGGAUGUCAGUGUUACUGCUUCUGAACUGUCUAUUGUGGCAGUGUCACUGGAUGUAGUGGCUGAAUCCAGUGAGGUUACUUCCACACCAGGUGUUGUUGUACCAUCAUGUGAUAUAGUUGUUUCUGAGACAAGGGUGGUUGUUCCUGCAACUUGUGUUGUCGGUUCCGAUGUCACUGCUGUUGUUUCUGGUUUGGAUGUUGUUGUGGGAAGAAUGAAUGUUGUUGCUAUUACACCAUCAGUUGUACUGGCAUGAACACUAGAUGUUGUGACAACAUCUGGUGUUGUUUCAGAAACAACUUCUGUUGUACCUUCUUCAUGUGUAGUUAUAUCAAAUACUUGUGUAGUUGUUCCUCCAUCAUGUGUAGUUGUAGCCAAAUUAUUUAUGGUUGUUUCUGCCUCUGCUGUCGUUAUGAUGGAUGUCAGUCUUACUUCUUCUGAACUUUCUGUUGUGGCAGUGUCAAUGGAUGUAGUGGCUGAAUCCAGUGAGGUUACUUCCACACCAGGUGUUGUUGUACCAUCAUGUGCUAUAGUUGUUUUUAAGACAGGUGUGGUUGUUCCUGCAUCCUGUGUUGUUGCUUCCCAGGUUGGUGAUGUUUUCUCUACCUCUAAUGUUGUGGGAAGACUGAAUGUUGUUGCCACUCCACCGUCUGUUGUACUGGCAUGGACACUAGAUGUUGUUACAACAUCUGGUGUUGUUUCUGAAACAGCUACUGUUGUAGCUUCUUCAUGUGUAGUUAUAUCCAACCUUUGUGUUGUUGUUCCUCCAUCAUGUGUAGUUGUAUCCAAAUUCUCUUUGGUUGUUUCUGCCUCUGCUGUCGUUAUGAUGGUUGUCAGUGUUACUGCUUCUGAACUGUGUGUUGUGGCAGUGUCAAUGGAUGUAGUGGCUGAAUCCAGUGAGGUUACUUCCACACCAGGUGUUGUUGUACCAUCAUGUGCUAUAGUUGUUUCUAAGACAGGUGUGGUUGUUCCUGCAUCCUGUGUUGUUGCUUCCCAGGUUGGUGAUGUUUUCUCUACCUCUAAUGUUGUGGGAAGACUGAAUGUUGUUGCUACUCCACCGUCUGUUGUACUGGCAUGGACACUAGAUGUUGUGACAACAUCUGGUGUUGUUUCUGAAACAGCUACUGUUGUAGCUUCUUCAUGUGUAGUUAUAUCCAACCUUUGUGUUGUUGUUCCUCCAUCAUGUGUAGUUGUAUCCAAAUUCUCUUUGGUUGUUUCUGCCUCUGCUGUCGUUAUGAUGGUUGUCAGUGUUACUGCUUCUGAACUGUGUGUUGUGGCAGUGUCACUGGAUGUAGUGGCUGAAUCCAGUGAGGUUACUUCCACACCAGGUGUUGUUGUGCCAUCAUGUGAUAUAGUUGUUUCUGAGACAAGGGUGGUUGUUCCUGCAACUUGUGUUGUCGGUUCCCAUGUCACUGCUGUUGUUUCUGGUUUGGAUGUUCUUGUGGGAAGACUGAAUGUUGUUGCUAUUACACCAUCAGUUGUACUGGCAUGAACACUAGAUGUUGUGGCAACAUCUGGUGUUGUUUCAGAAACAACUUCUGUUGUACCUGCUUCAUGUGUAGUUAUAACAAACACUUGUGUAGUUGUUCCUCCGUCAUGUGUAGUUGUAGCCAAAUUCUCUUUGGUUGUUUCUGCCUCUGCUGUCGUUAUGAUGGAUGUCAGUGUUACUGCUUCUGAACUGUCUGUUGUGGCAGUGUCACUGGAUGUAGUGGCUGAAUCCAGUGAGGUUACUUCCACACCAGGUGUUGUUGUACCAUCGUGUGCUAUAGUUGUUUCUAAGACAGGUGUGGUUGUUCCUGCAUCCUGUGUUGUUGCUUCCCAGGUUGGUGAUGUUUUCUCUACCUCUAAUGUUGUGGGAAGACUGAAUGUUGUUUCUACUCCACCGUCUGUUGUACUGGCAUGGACACUAGAUGUUGUGACAACAUCUGGUGUUGUUUCUGAAACAGCUACUGUUGUAGCUUCUUCAUGUGUAGUUAUAUCCAACCUUUGUGUUGUUGUUCCUCCAUCAUGUGUAGUUGUAUCCAAAUUCUCUUUGGUUGUUUCUGCCUCUGCUGUCGUUAUGAUUGUUGUCAGUGUUACUGCUUCUGAACUGUGUGUUGUGGCAGUGUCACUGGAUGUAGUGUCUGAAUCCAAUGUUGUUCUUUCCAAAUCUGCUGUGGUUGUGCCAUCGUGUGGUAUCGUUGUUUCUGAGACAAGGGUGGUUGUUCCUGCAACUUGUGUUGUCGGUUCCCAUGUCACUCCUGUUGUCUCUGGUUUGGAUGUUGUUGUGGGAAGAAUGAAUGUUGUUGCUACUACACCGUCUGUUGUACUGGCAUGGACACUAGAUGUUGUGACAACAUCUGGUGUUGUUUCUGAAACAGCUACUGUUGUAGCUUCUUCAUGUGUAGUUAUAUCCAACCUUUGUGUUGUUGUUCCUCCAUCACGUGUAGUUGUAUCCAAAUUCUCUUUGGUUGUUUCUGCCUCUGCUGUCGUUAUGAAGGUUGUCAGUGUUACUGCUUCUAAACUGUGUGUUGUGGCAGUGUCACUGGAUGUAGUGGCUUGAUCCAAUGUGGUUACUUCCAUACCAGGUGUUGUGCCAUCGUGUGGUAUCGUUGUUUCUGAGACAAGGGUGGUUGUUCCUGCAACUUGUGUUGUCGGUUCCCAUGUCACUGCUGUUGUUUCUGGUUUGGAUGUUGUUGUGGGAAGAAUGAAUGUUGUUGCUAUUACACCAUCAGUUGUACUGGCAUGAA